GAGGAAUUGAGGACCAGCAGACUGAAACGGAGAAGGCCUGCCUCCCUCUCUCCUCCCAUCUCAUUCUUUCCUAUAUGGGCACGGAGACAGUGGCUCUUAGUCAGCUCAGUCUCAGAGGCUGUUACAGGGUUAGAGAGUGUUACAGUCAGAGCACCCAGUGAGAAGGUCCCAACUGGAAUAAUCGGGAACAUCUCACAUCUCUACAUCUCCAGCGCCUACUUGUGUCGUUUGACUUCAGAUCCACAGGGACCAUGGCAACGCCGGCGAAGAACACACCCAGGGGUGUGAGCUCCCCGCUCUCCCCCAACCGCAUCACCCGUCUGCAGGAGAAGGACGACCUGUGCAACCUCAACGACCGGCUGGCCGUCUACAUCGACAAGGUGCGCUCGCUGGAGUCGGAGAACGCCGGCCUGCGCCUGCGCAUCACCGAGUCCGAGUCGGAGGUGACCCGCGAGCUGGGGGGCAUGAAGGCGGCGUACGAGACGGAGCUGGCGGACGCCCGGCAGACCCUGGACUCGGUGGCCAAGGAGCGGGCGCGCCUGCAGCUGGAGCUCAGCAAGGUGCGGGAGGACUACAAGGAGCUGAAGGCCAGGAACACCAAGAAGGAGUCGGACCUGGCCACGGCCCUGCUGCGGCUGAAGGACCUGGAGGCGCUGAUGAACUCCAAGGACGCCUCGCUCACCACCGCGCUGGGCGAGAAACGCAACCUGGAGGCCGAGGUCCGCGACCUCAAAGCCCAGAUCGCCAAGUUGGAGGCCAGUUUGGCCGACGCCAGGAAGCAACUGCAGGACGAGAUGCUCAGGAGGGUGGAUGGGGAGAACCGCCUUCAGACCCUGAAGGAGGAACUGGACUUCCAGAAGAGUAUUUACUCAGAGGAGCUGAGGGAGACGAAGCGGCGGCACGAGUCCCGCGUGGUGGAGAUGGACAACGGGCUCCAGCAGGACUUUGAGAGCAAGCUGUCGGACGCCCUGACGGAGAUGAGGUCCCAGCACGAGCUCCAGGUCAAGAUGUACAAGGACGAGCUGGAGAAGACCUACAACUCCAAGCUGGAGAACGCGCGUCAGUCGGCGGACCGGAGCAGCCACCUGGUGGGGGCAGCCCACGAGGAGCUCCAGCAGACACGCGUCCGCCUGGAGUCCAUGUCCAGCCAGCUCAGCCAGCUGCAGAAAGAGCUGGCCUCGCGGGAGGCCCGGGUGAGGGAGCUGGAGGCGGCGCUGGCCCGGGAGCGUGACACCAGCCGCCGCCUGCUGGGGGAGAAGGAGCGCGAGAUGGCCGAGAUGAGGCAGAAGAUGCAGCAGCAGCUGGACGAGUACCAGGAGCUGCUGGACGUCAAGCUGGCCCUGGACAUGGAGAUCUGUGCCUACAGGAAGCUGCUGGAGGGCGAGGAGGAGAGGCUGCGGCUCUCCCCCAGCCCUCCGCCGACCAGGGUGACCAGCCGCAUCAUCUCCGGCUCCGGGGGCGGGGGCGGGGGCGGGGCCGGGGCCGGCUCGGCCGCCGCCCUCUCCCGCACGGUGCACUGCAGCGCCCAGAGCUCCUCGGCCAAGCGGCGGCGCGCCAACGACACGGACAGCGAGGCGUCCAGCUUCGCGGGCGGCCCCGCCGUCAGGACCCGCGUCACCCAGCAGGCCUCGGCCAGCGGCCGCGUCACCGUGGACGAGGUCGACCAGGAGGGCAAGUUCGUCAAGCUGAGCAACAAGGCGGAUGAGGACCAGAACCUGGGUAACUGGCAGGUGAAGCGUCAGGUGGGGACCGCCCCUGCCAUCGCCUUCAAGUUCCCCGCUAAGUUCACCUUGAAGGCCGGGCAGAGGGUCACGAUCUGGUCCUCUACAGGCGGUGGAACCAACAGCCCUCCGUCUGACCUGGUGUGGAAGAACCAAACCACCUGGGGAACUGGAGACCAGUUCCAGACCACCCUGAUCAACGCCAAUGGAGAUGAAAUGGCAAUGAGGAAGGUCACCCGCACGCAGUUUGAUGAAGACGACGAGGACAUGGUGGCCCACAGCACCUGUGCGGACGGAGAGUACAACCUGCGCAGCCGCACCGUGGUGUGUGGCUCGUGUGGCCAGUCGCCGGACAAGUCCCCCCACUGCUCGGUGACCUCGGCUUCCCGCUCUUUCCGCAGCGGCGGGAUCUCCGAGGGCCUGCUCCCCCACUCCUACGUCGUCAGCAGCAGCACACCCCGCAAGGGCGGAAUCCGAGGGGAGAACUGUCCAAUCAUGUGAGCCCAUGGAACCACCUGGAAGCAUCGACACGCCCCUUUAGAGCUGGAUGAAAACAGCAUACCUUGUUUUAUAUAACUAUCAAGACAAUGUAUACCUUAAAAGACCUUACAUUAUGCUAUUAUCAUAACCAUAUGCAUGCGUGACGUAUCUGUGACUAAGGAAAUAAUGUGGGUCUCUUGUCGGUUAUGUUGAGGCAGAGGGAAGUAGAAUGAGCUCAAACCACAUUGUGCCUCUCUGUUACUUACUUCUACUUUGAUACGUAGUUACCACUAAUUUUUUAUUCCUUUAUAUUCCUAACAGACGUACAGGAAGGUGACAAAGUGAUAGUAGUAGUAUAGUAGUGGAUUUUCUUUUGUACUGUAGCUUGAGGGUAAGCUAGUUAGGCUUAGUAGAGUUACCCUCUAAACUGCUCUGUAUUUUCUUAAUUUCCAAAUGAUUUGUUAUGACUAUAAACAUGAAGACUAUUUUCCCAGGGGCACCAUUUAUCAAUAAACUUGAAUAUGUUUACGGAAUCCAUUUUCCCCCACUAGAAUAUUUUUUUGGACAAUAAAAACAUUUUUCAAUAAA